GCCCACCCCACAGACACACAGGCAAGGCUCUGAUCCCUCCCUCUAACCCAGCCGGCAGCCUAUAACCUCCGCGCUUCUCCGCCCAUUCCUCCACAGUUGAUUCUUCGGGAAGGCAUUGUCAUGCAAAUAAAGGACGCGUAAAACUAUUCCCCCGGAGCACGGCGCAGGGCAGAGACUCAUAAGGACCGCGAGGAGGAGGAACACACGCAUCCCGGGGCCCCGCAAAAGUGGUUUAUCUGUAGCCACAACACGGACCCGUCCAUCUGACGCAGACGUCUGCAUGGCCACAUGAGCAGCCACAUAUAGCCAGGAAGCUGGUUGGACCGUUGGAGGAAAGCCGACGGGGACCCAACAACGAGGAGGCUGCCCUUUGGUGAUUGUGGUCAUACUUCCAGUCUCCCCUGUGAAAUCGGAGGUGUCUCUUCUUCAUCUCACUGUCCAGGCUACCUGCUGCUGCUGCUGCUGCUACUAGAGAAGAAAAAUUACAUCCAGAGACCCCCGGAGCGCUCCUUGACACUUUGAUGCUUUAGGGGAUUUAGGAUUUCUCAAAUAUUAACGUUUUUGCACACCAGGUGUGCCGUUUUCCCUCUUGUCCUUUUUUGGGAUAUAUCCAGUGAUCUUCCACCGUUAAAAGUGCCUUAAAACUGGGUGUAAUCCAGCAUAACUGUGGCACUGUUACCAGACCAGAGACGCUCGACACAGUCUUAGAGCCGAGGCAGGAUUAUUUCUCGUUCCCCCUCAAACUUCAGCGAGUUGCCACCAUGAGCCAGGCGGAUGUGUCGACUUGCUCCGCGCCGCAGAGGGUCUUCCAGGAGGCAGUGAAGAAGGGGAACACAAAGGAGCUGCACUCGCUGCUGCAGAACAUGACAAACUGCGAGUUCAACGUCAACUCCUUCGGGCCGGAGGGACAGACAGCGCUCCACCAGUCCGUCAUCGACGGCAACCUGGAGCUCGUGAAGCUGCUGGUGAAGUUCGGCGCAGACAUCCGACUGGCUAACAGGGAAGGGUGGAGCGCUUUACAUAUUGCCGCCUUCGGGGGCCACCAGGACAUUGUGCUAUACCUCAUCACCAAGGCCAAGUAUUCCUCUGGGGCCCGGUGAUCUGUCUCUGCUGUCAGGUAAAAGUAGAACAUUAAAGAAAGAAAGAAAGAAAAGAGCAAAACACAUCAGCAACAAAUUCAAUCUUAAAACUGCAACGCAAUUAAAGAAAACAUGUUCUUUUCAAAACAUAGCUGCCAUUAUUUACGUAUUUGUGCCAAAAUAUAUGGAAAGGAAAUAAAAUUGCGCAAAAAUCUCCCCUCUCUGUAAACCAAACAGGGCCAUCUGUGCGCACCGCAUGGUUCUCUCAGACCAGAGCCGGCCCGAGGUUUUAAGGGGCCUUUAGCAGAAUUUGAUGGGGGGGAAUACUUUUUCAAUUAAUCACCAGCAACCAUGGGCAGAGCUAAAUCAGGUUUCUGUGAAGAUGGGAAACAUUUGACUGAUUGCACUGGGAUGUUUCUAGACCUAAAGCCAAACUGAUGCAGACGAUCUAAAUGCAAGCAUCCUGGAAGUACGAUCUUCUUGUAAUAUUUAAGCUGGCUGUGUUUUUCAGCACUUUAUGGUUUAAUAUUUGCAACUUUUUCCCAGCCCACAAAAGAUAAAUAAAUUAGCCUUAUUCAAAUCCAGUUACAGUGUGCAAGAAUUAUAAUUCAAGCCCAGAAAUAACAAAAACAAAACAUUUAACUGCACUGUAGUUAUUUACUGUUAGUCCAUUUGCUGUUCUUUUUUAAAAAUAAUUUCUAAUCUUUUAAAUUAACUUUCCUGAAAAAAUCUAAUCAACUAUAAAACUAAACUAAUUUCACUAUAUAAAUCUGUAAUUUUGAAAUGUAUAUUCUUUCCAAAAUUUGGGCCCCCUUCUGAUUGUUUUGUGGCCCUCUUUUUCACUUAUUCCUUGGGCCGGUUCUGUCUCACACACAGUCACGCAGCUUCAUUAUGAAUCUCUCACAAAAAGCACCUCACUCCGGUGAGCUUGUUGGUACUUAAAGCUUUCGUCUUGAAUGUUCAUACAACAUCGUGUCAUUAUAGAAGAAACUGUCACACCGUAUCUGCGUGCGUGCGUGCGUGUGUGUGUGUGUGUGUGUGGAUAGUGCAGUGCAGAUGGCCCAGUUUUUUCAUUCAAAGUGAAUCGUUUCUUUGUGGGAGUGCAGAUUUGACCUGUUGCUCCUCAUUGUCCUGUAAAAAUACCCACAUUUUUUGUAAGUUAUUUUUAUGUGAAACACGGCACUUGAUGCUGCUCGGCUGCAUGCUGGAAUAUCUGAAAGGGAAGACACACGAACAAGAGGAGAAACCCUCUGUUGGUUUCCUGAGGUCUCUCUUUUUUCCUAAAUUAAUACAUAUUAUAAACUCAAAAUGAGGAUCAUACAGCUACAAUUGUAUUUUCUAUGUAUUCAGGGUUCCUGCUCAUUUUUCUUUUCACAACUCCACAUGUUUCUGGACUCACACCAACAGAGUUCUCAUUUUGCAAAGUUCGCUCUCUACUUCCUUCAGACAUUUUAUUUUAUUGAGGUCAAGCUUUGGAAAAGGAAACCUGCAAAAAUCCCAGAUUCCAAGCACGGAUGGAUGCAGCGUUUAGACAACGGGACAGUGAAUAAAGUCUGGAGACAGAAACGUUUUUCCAGAGUUUAUUUAAUUUUUCCAUACAGCGUAGGAACCCUGUGAGUGACUCCAUCGUUGUUGUGAAGUACUGUACACAAUAGCUUUACCUUUUUGACAGUAGCUGAAUGGGCUCUGCAAACACACAUUUUGCCAUUGCUGGUGUCCCAACCUUUCAGGCCAGUGCGACCACUCUGCCCUGGUGGUCAUCGUAUUAAGAACCGCUGCUUUCGCUUUGUAUGUCGUUAAAGAAAAAAAAAAAAAAAGGAAAAUUUGGAUUUCACUUUAUAAUCUCCUUUCAGUAUUCUGUUAACAUCCUAGUCAUCACUGUGAAAGCAGGCUGAUUUUAUUGUUUUUUUUUUUCUUUUAUAUUUAUGAAGGUACAUUGAAAAGAUGCAUUUUUGAAUAUGUUGUGGUUCUACUUUUUAAAAGAAAAACACCUGUAGAGUCAGAGUUUGGUGGGUGACUCAAGCUGCUUCAGACUCUUCUUUUUAAUUUUUAAAUUUUUUUUUUUUGAGUGCAAACCUGCAACCCCCCUCCUCCUUAGAUGACCCACACAGCUUUAGCCUGUUGACCCUCAAGAGGACUUUCAAUUAAACUGACUUUUCUUUUCUUUUUUCGUUUGGUUGCCCUUUUUCCCAGCUACCUCGUCUGUAAAGUAUUCUCAAGCUGUUUCGCCUUCUCCCAGCUUGCCCUGCCAAUCAUGCCAGUAUCUGUCUGCUAUGUAACCUUAACAGAGACGAUGGACUUCGGUGCAGAAGAUGCAAUGCAUUCCUCAGUCAGGACAGUUUAUGUUACACUACAACCAAACCAGUGCUGACUACAGCAUGAGCCCCCCCCUCCCUCUGAACUCCACUUUACUCUUUCUUCCUCUCUCUGUGUCCUCAUCAGCCUGUUUUAUUUUAUUUUAUUUUAUUUUAUUUUAUUUUCGUUGUAUAGCAUGACUUAUAAAUGCAGGGAGUUUUAUUGCACAAAAAUACAGAGCCUUGCGCACCCCUAGUGUUCAAACGGGGUAACUUCAGAAGGCUUUGGAAUAUUUUCUACUACUGAGCAGGAUUCUUCUUACUGAUGGAUGAUGAAGACUUUAUGAAAAAAAACUACGUAUGACUAUUGCAGGAUGUCACACAAUAAAUAAAAAAAGGAAAAUUGGAUUUUGUAAGCUUGCCUGCUACAUUUUGAGAGUCAUGACACCCUAACUGUUUUUUUUUUUUUUUUUUUUAACAAUGCUGCUUGUUUUGUGUCUUUUCUAAUUGAUGAUCAUUUUUUUAAAGCCUACUGCUUCACAGCAACACUGGUCUAACUCAUGAGAAGCUUUUUUUUUUUUUUUAAAGUGUCUUUUAUUUCUGCGUGAGCCUGACAUGUGUUUGUGUUUGCUUCUCAUGGGGGCCCGUGUGGCUUUUAAACAGUCAUCAGCCAGACUGAGAAGCUUCCCUGGAAUAAUCAUCCGGAAUCCUACAAUAAAGCUCCACUACGACAAGGUAUAGAUUCACAUCAGGCAACAAAUAAAAUAUGCAUCGCUUGUGUUUAAACUUGAUCUUUCUUUUUUAUUUUUUGUUAAGAAAAAAAAAUUGCACUGAUGACUGUUGUUGAAAAGUUGGCUUUUAUGUGUCAACAUUUAAUUUUUUUCUGAAUAGAAAAAAAACAAACACAACAAAAUACUAUUGUAUAUGUAUACGCUCCAGGUGAUAAUGUCAUAAUGUAUGUUUUACUUUGUGGAAAAAAAACAUGUUUUUCAACAAAGAUGUGUGUAUCUCUGUGAUUGGGUGUAUGUAUAUAUACAUAUGGAUAUAUAUAUAAAUGCUGAUGAUGAUGAUGAUAUCUUGGGGCACUUUCUUUUCUGAAGUGCUGUCUUCCUGUUGUGUCGUUUUAAAAGGGGGAAUAAUACAUUUGAUGGUAAGAUCAUUGUAACGUGGUUAAAAAUUGCACGCUUGUGUGGUUAUACGGCUCACCGAGUCAUAACAUUUAUGACGCGCAGAGCCAGCUGUCGGAAUGGUGUACAUGAGUGAGAUGAUAUUUUUUUUUCUAGAAAAAAUGGAGAAGAAAAAAAAAAAAGAAAGAAAGUGAGUAAGUGCAGAUAUUUUCUUUUGGGUCAGUCAGCAUGUGUUUCUGGUCUUGCUUCAUUUCAAGCAAAAGGAAACAGAUGAAUCUUUAAUGAGUGAUGCAGAUGUUCCAUCUUGUCUGUUUUAUUAUUUUUUUUGUAUACUUUUCUUUUUGAACAUUUGUAACACUGUGAUGAUGGUGACGUGACGUCACAUUGAGAUGAGUGCUGUAUUAUUUUUGUACGUUUGUGUACAAGCCAGUAAAGAAAUCAUUAAACUAAAAAAAAGAAGAAAAAAAACCA